AUGUUUUCAGAUCAGAAGAAAAUCAUCAAGAAGCCGACAAGAUGUGAGAGGUUUUUAGAUUGUUUGAAAUUUCGGUGUCGAGGAUCGGAAGAUAAAGAAGACAAGCGGAAAGCUUUAGUUGGUAAGGAAGGUGGCUAUAGGAUCAAUUACACAGGACUUGGUGAACAUAAAAGAAAAUAUCUGGCUGAUAUUUACAUUACCCUUAUAGACAUUCCAUGGCGAUAUGCUCUUGCCAUUCUCUUCAAUGUGUUUCUUGUCACCUAUCUGUUUUUCGGUGUUUUAUGGUGGGCAAUGGCUCAUAAUAAUGGGGACUUCGACAAUUUAGACAAUCCACACCAUGUUCCGUGUCUGCUAGGAGUUAAAUCGUUCGCUGGUUCGUUACUGUUCUCUAUUGAAACUCAGACAACUAUUGGGUACGGUUAUGCUUACCCUAACGCUCACUGUGCGGGCACCUUGCCUUUAAUUUAUCUACAAGUUACCAUAGGAUUCUUUCUCGAAUCCUUCCUCCUUGGAUUCAUCUUCGUGAAAAUUGCCAGACCAAAGAAUCGCGCCAAAACCAUGUUGCUAAGCAAGAAAGCUGUCGUCUGCCAGGAAGAUGGUAACCUUUGUCUCCAGAUCCGAGUUGGUGACAUGCGCAAAUCUCAUCUUAUCGAAGCCUCAGUACAAGGUAUGUUGGUCAGAAAACACGUGACGCAGGAAGGAGUUACCUACCCUUUGUAUCAGAGAGCAGUGGAAUUUGAAGCUAAUGGAAUGGGGGAUCGUGUCUUCCUCCUCUGGCCAAUGACCUUGACCCACAAGAUCACAGAAGACAGUCCAUUCUGGGGAAUCCGACCAUCAGACCUGAGUCACGAGAAGUACGAGCUGAUUGUAUUUUUAGUUGGUACUGUGGAAGCUACCGGCGAGGUUUGCGAGGCCAGAACAUCAUAUACACCUUAUGAAAUUCUCUGGGGACAUCGAUUUGAACGAAUAGAAGAAUAUGAUUUGGGAAAUGGUCGCUGGCAUGUAGAUUUUACCGGGUUCCAUGAUGUAGUGUAUUGCCAGAAUAUCAGGCACAGUGCUGAAGAACUCGACAAAUUCAAAGAUGCCACUAACACGACUGAAGAGAAGAAUGAGCGGGAAGUCAGAUAUGAUUUAAAUGGUGAAUCGAAUGGUGCCAAGGGUAUUACGUUCGUAGCAAACAAAAUGGCCGACUCAAGCAUGUAA